UGCUCGCUCGCGCCAGGCGAGUCUUCGCGUCUCCCUCGCGAACUCGGUGAAAGGAAUUGGCGCCGUUCGACACCAGGCGGGUCCGCUCUGCAGCACGAACCCACCUCCAGCCGCAGCCGCAGCCGCAGCCGCAGCCGCCGCCCGGGCCGACGAGCAGCCGCAGCAGCCGCCAUCAGUGGCCGUGUGAGCGGAGCCGAGUUUGAGCCAGCGCCUAGCGGUGAAUCGGGGCCCUCACGAUGAGUUCCUCGCCUGUUAAUGUAAAAAAGCUGAAGGUGUCGGAGCUGAAAGAGGAGCUCAAGAAGCGGCGCCUUUCUGACAAGGGCCUCAAGGCCGAACUCAUGGAGCGACUCCAGGCCGCGCUGGACGACGAGGAGGCCGGGGGCCGCCCCGCCAUGGAGCCCGGGAACGGCAGCCUAGACAUGGGCGGGGAUUCCGCCGGGCGCUCGGGAGCAGGCCUCGAGCAGGAGGCCGCGACCGCCGGCGAUGAGGAGGAAGAGGAGGAGGAAGAGGAGGAGGAAGGGAUCGCCGCCCUGGAUGGCGACCAGAUGGAGCUAGGAGAGGAGAAUGGGGCCGCGGGGGCGGCCGAUUCGGGCCCGAUGGAGGAGGAGGAGGCUGCUUCGGAAGACGAGAACGGCGACGAUCAGGGCUUCCAGGAAGGGGAAGAUGAGCUCGGAGACGAGGAGGAAGGAGCGGGAGACGAGAACGGGCACGGGGAGCAGCAGUCUCAACCGCCGGCAACGCCGCAGCAACAGCCCCAACAGCAGCGCGGGGCCGCCAAGGAGGCCGCGGGGAAAAGCAGCGGCCCCACCUCGCUGUUCGCGGUGACGGUGGCGCCGCCCGGGGCCAGGCAGGGCCAGCAGCAGGCGGGAGGUAAGAAGAAGGCGGAAGGCGGCGGAGGCGGCGGUCGCCCCGGGGCUCCGGCGGCGGGAGACGGCAAAACAGAACAGAAAGGCGGAGACAAAAAGAGAGGUGUUAAAAGACCUCGAGAAGAUCAUGGCCGUGGAUAUUUUGAGUACAUUGAAGAGAACAAGUAUAGCAGAGCCAAAUCUCCUCAGCCACCUGUCGAAGAAGAAGAUGAACAUUUCGAUGACACAGUGGUUUGUCUUGAUACUUAUAAUUGUGAUCUACAUUUUAAAAUAUCGAGAGAUCGUCUCAGUGCUUCUUCUCUAACCAUGGAGAGUUUUGCUUUUCUUUGGGCUGGAGGAAGGGCCUCUUAUGGUGUUUCCAAAGGCAAAGUCUGUUUUGAAAUGAAGGUUACAGAGAAGAUCCCAGUAAGGCAUUUGUAUACAAAAGAUAUUGACAUACAUGAAGUUCGGAUUGGCUGGUCCCUAACUACAAGUGGAAUGUUGCUUGGUGAAGAAGAAUUUUCUUAUGGGUAUUCUCUAAAAGGAAUAAAAACAUGCAACUGUGAGACUGAAGAUUAUGGAGAGAAGUUUGAUGAAAAUGAUGUGAUUACAUGUUUUGCUAACUUUGAAAGUGAUGAAGUAGAGCUCUCCUAUGCUAAGAAUGGACAAGAUCUUGGCAUUGCCUUCAAAAUCACUAAGGAAGUUCUUGCUGGACGGCCACUCUUCCCGCAUGUUCUUUGUCACAACUGUGCAGUUGAAUUUAAUUUUGGUCAGAAGGAAAAGCCAUAUUUCCCAAUACCUGAAGAUUAUACUUUCAUCCAGAAUGUCCCUUUAGAGGAUCGAGUCAGAGGACCAAAGGGGCCUGAAGAAAAGAAAGAUUGUGAAGUUGUAAUGAUGAUUGGCUUGCCAGGAGCUGGAAAAACCACCUGGGUUACUAAACAUGCAGCAGAAAAUCCUGGUAAAUACAACAUUCUUGGCACAAAUACCAUUAUGGAUAAAAUGAUGGUGGCAGGAUUUAAGAAGCAAAUGGCAGAUACUGGAAAGCUGAACACGCUGUUGCAGAGAGCUCCCCAGUGUCUUGGAAAGUUCAUUGAGAUUGCUGCCCGUAAGAAGCGAAAUUUCAUUUUGGAUCAGACAAAUGUGUCUGCUGCUGCACAGAGGAGAAAAAUGUGCCUGUUUGCAGGCUUCCAGCGAAAGGCUGUUGUAGUUUGCCCAAAAGAUGAAGACUAUAAGCAGAGAACACAGAAGAAAGCAGAAGUAGAGGGAAAAGACCUUCCAGAACAUGCAGUUCUCAAAAUGAAAGGAAACUUUACGCUGCCAGAGGUAGCUGAGUGCUUUGAUGAAAUUACCUAUGUUGAACUGCAGAAGGAGGAGGCCCAGAAACUUUUGGAGCAAUAUAAGGAAGAAAGCAAAAAGGCUCUUCCCCCAGAAAAGAAACAGAACACUGGCUCAAAGAAGAGCAAUAAGAAUAAGAGUGGCAAGAACCAGUUCAACAGAGGUGGUGGCCAUAGAGGACGCGGAGGAUUCAAUAUGCGUGGUGGAAAUUUCAGAGGGGGAGCUCCUGGGAAUCGUGGUGGAUAUAAUAGGAGGGGCAAUAUGCCACAGAGAGGUGGUGGCGGUGGCGGAAGUGGUGGAAUUGGCUAUCCAUACCCUCGUGGCCCUGUUUUCCCCAGCCGAGGUGGCUAUUCAAAUAGAGGGAACUACAACAGAGGUGGAAUGCCCAACAGAGGGAACUACAACCAGAAUUUCAGAGGACGAGGCAACAAUCGUGGCUACAAAAAUCAAUCUCAGGGCUACAACCAGUGGCAGCAGGGUCAAUUCUGGGGUCAGAAGCCAUGGAGUCAGCAUUAUCACCAAGGAUAUUAUUGAAUACCCAAAUAAAACGAACUGAUACAUAUUUCUCCAAAACCUUCACAAGAAGUCGACUGUUUUCUUUAGUAGGCUAACUUUUUAAACAUUCCACAAGAGGAAGUGCCUGCGGGUUCCUUUUUUAGAAGCUUUGUGGGUUGAUUUUUUUUUUUCUUUUCUUUUUUGUACAUUUUUAAUUGCAGUUUUAAAGUGAAUCGUAAGAGAACCUCAGCAUUGUGCACGAUAAGAGAAUGUGUCAGUAUUUCAGGGUUCUACAUUUUAUCUGUAAAAUGUGACUUUUUUUUUUAUCACAACAAAAGUAAAAUGUUGCUUUGUACCUGGUGUCUUUUAUUAAGAAUUUACUCCCCCAUUUCUCACAGAGAAUAACAGUCGGGAGUCAUUGUCACAAUAUAAUAGAAAUGUUAGCAACCAGAUUCAUGUAAGGACUAAGUGGUCCUCAUGAAUUGCAUAAGACUCUGUACUGCUCAUAUUACACUCCAUCCUCUCUGUAGAUUGAUGAGUAGUGGAGGGAGGGGGUAAACUAAAUAGUCGUUUCUGACAAUAACUGGGAAAGUUUUUUGUCUUUAAAUAACAAUGGAAUUGGCUUUAUUGAGAAUGAAGAAAAACUUUGGAUCCAAGAUAGAGAAGAUGGAGUGUAUAUAGAAGGGCUGUUAAAAAUGUAAAACAUGGUUGCAUUAUUUGUGGAGGCUCAAACUUGUGAAGGUUAAAUACCAUAAUUUUUCCAUUUGUUCUGCAUUUUGAUUCUGAAAAGAAAGCUGGCUUUGCCCAUUUCUUAUUAAAAAAACUUGUUGUAAAUCCAGUUGUCUAAUGGGAUCUAUAUGAAGUUAGCUAUGUCUGUAUGCCCUUCUCCCACAAAAUACUGUAUAACUAGUGUGCUUGUAGUAGUUAACUCCACCAUCUUUGUAAGCUAAUGAAAUUGUGAGUCACCCAUUUAUAUCUUAAUUUUUAAUCAUGUCAGUUCUUGAAUGGGUAUCUCCUUAGCCUGCUGAUUUCUUUUUCUUUCUAAAGAAAGUGGGUGGAGAAAUUAAUUUAGACGUUUGUUUGCAAUAAAAUGAAUUCAUUUUACUCUUGUUUUGGGAUUCUCGCCAUCAAGGUUCAAAAUCCCUAUAAAACUCCCAAGAGGAGAUUGUAAGUGUGUGCUUUCUGGACAGCUUAUUAUUCUCUGUAUUUGGAACAUUUAGGUUUUAAGAACUUAAAUGUAUAUUGACAACUGAUUUUGAUUAUGAAGUAAAGUUGAAUUCCUCCCUUCCCCUUCCUCCCCAGACAACUUUUAUCGUAUUUUAUGAGGGGAAAAGGUACUGGUUGGGAGAAGUUAACACUCAGUUUAUCAUCUUUACAAAAUGCUAAUGGCUGUCCUCAACUGAUUAUUUUAUAAAUAUAUAAAAUACAUGAAACUCUGGGAACAGAUGCUUUUAGAAGCCAUCAUGCAAGCCAGUCAUUGAUUUCACUACUACACAACACUGCUAACUUAACUCUAGCUAUGUGAUGACAUUAGAUCCCCGAAUUGUAAUUUAUUGGGUUUGCACAGAACACUUAAUCUUCUAAAGGACCCUCACGGAUGUGAAGUGAGGAAUCAGGAGUCAAACUGUAGAACUAAAAUUUGACUUCAUUCUAGUUUUUUGUUGGUACUUUUAGGUUGCUUUGGUAAAUUUAGGUUUGCUUAUGUUUCUAGUUACUUAGAUUUUUAUUUUAGCCAUUUUAAAUCCGAUUUUUAACUUGAAUUUUCAUACUCCUAGGAAUCUUACUACAAGCUGGAAUUAAGUUUUAUAUGAUGAUGUUGUAGGUUAGUUGAAAAGUUUCUGUAACAAAGGCUAAUCAUGUAACUUUAAAGACAGUACGAGGUAGUGUUUCAAAGGUUUUUGUCUUUUUAGACGUUUAUUUAUUGAUAGCAAAUCACUGGCAUGAGCUACUUUUGUCAGAUUACAUUAUUGUUAGAAUUGCAUAGACCUAACCCAGAGAGUAUAACAUCCAAACUGUACACUGAUGCUAAUGUACAGAUGUCCUAAAAUUUAUAUUGGUACCUUUUUAAAAUUGUCAGUGUACUUUCUAGUUGCUUAUAAAGGACCAUACUCUAAUUGCAACAAGGAAGUAGUGGCCAAAUAACACUUACUUAGGUAGACCUACCAUGCUGUGUGCAGCCCCGUAAGUUUUGGGAGGAGAGAUCAAAAUGCUGUUCAGAAAAAAUGUUUGAAAAACAGUUUGAAACAUGGUCUCAACAUUAGAAUCAUAUUGUCUAUAGUUGUGUGAACAGAAAUAAUCUUAGGAAGUAUUUAGGAAAUUAAAAGAAUGCACCAAAUGAAGAAUAGCUAAGUUUAAAAAUGCCAAGUUCUGACAGAAUUAAGAUCUGUGUACAAGAAACUUGGUUUAUUCACCCAUCUCCAUGCCUGCCCCGCCCCCCCACCGUGGCAAGCAAAAACAAAGCACCAGACUUAGUUCUGAACAAAUGUCCUGACUAUAUACCCUGAAAAAUCUCAUGUUAAUAUUGCUGUUGGUUUUAGGGAUACUUUUGCAGAUAGUUAACUGAUAGUUAACUCAGUUUCUGAGUUUCCUAACAGAAAUUGAAUUGAUGGUCAGCUGCAGUAGUAUAAAAAUAGCAUGCAAAGGUCAAUCAAGAAAGAAAACUUAAAAAUGGUGAAAGAUACAAAUGAUAAAUACGUUAGCUAACAUGUAUUCAGUUUUCUUUGUUGCUGACAGGCUAAUGUUCCUCACAUCCAGCCUUUGCUGAGGUCAGGGAGAAUUUAGAUUGAUGAAGCGCUCUGGCUCUGAGUUCUAGAAGGUAGUUUACCAGAUUUGGGGCCGUAAUAACCAGACAGGAAGAUAAAAUCUUAAAAUAAGUAUGCGUCAAAUCAAUUCAACAUUGAUGAAAUGACACGAUGAAGUAAUACUAAAUCAUUUGCGUAGGAAAGAACCUAUCUGAAUACAAGGGGCUUGAAAGAUGUUCUUAAACACUAACAAGAUAUUAAAGCUUAAAAGCAAUUUCCUUUGAAAAAGUACUGAAAAUUAUUCCAGGAAAGGCAACUAGAAAUACUUUUAUUGUGUUCUCUACCCUCUGGGGAUAUUACUACAUUCAUGGGCAGUUGUGUUCUGUAUUCAAUAUUUGCUUUAAUUGUUGGGAAUUAAAUAGGUUUUGUUUUCUAAAAGUUUGUGCUUGUUAAUAUAAAUUGGCUUUAUAUCCUAGGACCAUUGCUAUAAUGGGUUCUAUUAUACAAAUGAAAAUGAUGUUUUAGUACCUUUGCAGGCAAUGGUAUAGACAGACGUACCUGAUUAUAGAUCUCUAAAUAUAUUCAAUUUUUUUUUAAGCCGAACUUAGAAUAAAAGGUAUAAGCUUGUUCUUUCCUCUUGUAGCCCUUGGUUUCUGGUUUUCGUUGGGCUAUACACGUAUCUUAAGAACAUUAGUUUCCAUAAUUCCUUAACUACACAUAACUGCAAAAUGUCAUCUGAAAGCAUAUUGAACUUGUAGCAGAGAAUAAUCGACUCUCCAGUGCCCCGAAAUAAUCACUGAGAUGUUUCAAUCAAAAGACAAACACAAUAUUCUAUAUAAACCCAUUUUUAAAGUUAGCUUGUAAACAGUUGAGUUUAAACUGUUUAGAUUUCUGUGGCCCUGAAAUUGAGGUGUUUUGGAGUUUAUGAAGAGCAGGGUUUAAGUUUUAACAUUUUAGUAACAGUUAAUAAAAGCAAGGAAAUAUGAUUGUAUUACUAGGGCUUAUUCAUGUAAACCAUAAGUCAUUUUCAAAUUGUUAAUUACCUAAAUAUAUUUAAAAUACUUAAACUGUAUUACCCCACAUUAGGAUGUGGAGUGCCUUUUCCUUGGAUAAUGUUUAGCUUUGAAUUUUUUUGCCAUAGCUGUUAUUUCUCAACCUCUAGAUGAAAACAGGAUGACAGAUGUAUAGUCUUAUUUUUAAUGCUCGAGUUUUUAGUACUUAGGGUACUCUUCUCAGCCCCAGUGUUAAUACAGCGCUAGUACUGCAGGCACAUACUUGUAAGGAAAGCAUUGAAGAUAAUGCUAAUUCAUAUUGGAGUAACUUCUGUCUCAUUAGCCUUCAUUACCAACCUUGAUGUUAUUUAAAAUAAACUUACUACCUUGAAUUACUUUGGAAGUGAGUUAUAGUGCUGAUUGAUACUGUUUUUGUAUCUUGUGAAUGAAGGGUUAGAAAAAAAUGGACCCAGGGAUUCCUUAGUACCUGUAGCAUUUCAAAACUUAAAUUGCAUAUGUUUGUGAAUUGAACAGUUGAAACAAAAUUUUUACUGUUUGUGCUAAAUAUGUAUGUUUUUCUGUAGACUUCAGUAUUCUGAACAGCUGGAGCUCAGAAAGAUAGGUGGAAUAUAGCCAUAGUUAACCAAGAUUUUGUACUUGGGUUAAGUAGAGAGAUCAUCCUAGUCAAUUGACUAAAAAUAUUAAUGAUUGAGUAAGCUUCAUUAGUUGCCACAGGAAAUUUAUUUUAGGCUACAAGGUUCAGUGUUAUAUUUUGUGGAAUUAGGGUGGGAAUGAGCUGUUCAUAUGGAAAGCUGAAAACUUCACUAUAGUAAUAUUUUGACAUUACGGAGACAGUAAUUUCAGGUCUUCCCUAUCAGUGUAGAUAGGGUAAAAAAUGCUGCAGAUAACUGAUAGGCCAGGACAUUGGUAGUGACUGCUCGGUUGGGUGAGUUAUUAGGACAAGGAACUUAACCAUGUGUGAAAUUUGUAGUUAUGUAAUUUUUUUUGCCUAAGGAUAUUUUAACUUGUUUUCCCUUUUCAUGCCAGGAUUUAGCCCAUACUGUAUCUUGACAAGGGACAUGGGUUUUGUUUUUAAACAAAGUUGGCUUUGUCGGUAUGAGAAAUUAUACUGUACUUGAAGUGAUGAGGUAAUAACAGACUAGGCAUGCAGAGAAACAUGUUGUAGAAAGGUUUGGUUGCUUAUUGUUCUGUUGCAGUUACAGUACCAAACCAGUAAGCAUGUAUCUACUAAAGGGUUUCAAGGAAUUACAGCUGCAGAGCUAAUUUAGUGUGUAAUUGAUAAACAUUGAACUAUGUUUAUGAUGUUCUUUCCUGCUUUUGCCAGGAACUAAAAAGUUAUUUUGUGCAAUAAAAUAUUCAGUACUUCGAGGAGCCCAAAAUUUUAAACAUAGCAAACCCUACCAAGAACAGUGAUGUGUCUACUAUAGAUAAUCUAACGUAACUUUAUGUAAUAUCUUAAGUGCAAAGCUUCAGAAGUAUUAAAGCAUACAUACAGAAGAUGAGAUAAAACUAAUAUUGCAGAAGAUUUUGAAUGGCAGCUUACAGGAUACCUAUUUUAGGUAGCUAUUAAAGAGGCACCCUUAUGUCUCAGUUGUUUGAGGUUAAGAUGUGGGGAAAGUCAUGGUCAAGUGCUGGAAUGAACGGUUCCAACGUACUUUUUUUUUUUUUUUUGAGAUGUAAUAAAGCAAGAAAUGUGCUGAUUUAAAUUUCAUCUCCUUUUCCUUAGUCUGCCCAUGUGAAUGUGCUGUGUGGAAGAGUAAAAGGGCCCAACUAAAUCUGUUCCAGUGAUUCCAAUAGCUAUUUAGCUGGUACCUACUGCUAUAUCACCUAGUGUGAAAUUUCGGAAUUAAUGGAACAGUGAGGAAAGCAGUGCAGCUGGAGGCUCUGACUGGGCAUGGAAGGUGUCUCCGGUAUGCAGUUUCUGCUGGGAAAAUGAACUAACCUUGUUUUGGUGAAGGCCUUCAAAAGUUUACCAGCUAAGAAAUUUCUCUUAUUCUGGGGUAAGAUAUAAUCAUAGUAUAUUAUAGCUGGAAGGGACUUAAGUUAUAAUCCAACUGCCUGAUUUAACAUGUUUACAUAUGUUGGUAAACGGAAGUGGCCUGCCCACACAGCUUGUUAAAUACCAGCUUCUUGGUUAGCAUUCAUCAAAAUUUCCCCCCUCCCAUGCAGUGCUGCCUCUUAAAACAUGAGUGAGUAGGCUUUACUCUGUUAGAACACAUGUUUGAAAAGGCCAUUCACUGGUAGCUAUGGCACUAACUAGUAGUUAUGGUAAAUCAUGUAGCCUGUGUGCAUCCUAAUCCUCAAAAUGACAGCCACAAGAGGGUAGGCAUGAGUUGGAAAAGUACUGGAUUCUGUAGCAAGCCCCACUUUUCCUUUGAAAAGGGAUGCAGAACAAAAUAAUUACUUGAAGAUAUCUCUUCCCUAUUCUCUACUUUUGGUUCAUCCUGAUACAUCAAAGUAAUAGGUAGGACUAAAAUAAUAAAGGCCAUGAUACUGUCCACUGUUACCUUUUUCAUUUAUAAUUAUACAGUUCUUCUCUUGGGCCAGACAACCAAAUAAAAGUCCUAAAAAUAUUUUUUUUAUGCAUAGAUUUAAAUUACAAAAACUAUUAAAAACCUUGUGUGCUUUCAAAAAAAAAAAAAAAAAAAAAUGUGUGGGGCAGUAAAACAUGCCCUUAUGAUGUGAGAAGUGGGAGAUUUCCAGUGAUAAAUUCUGUUAUUUUUAUAGCUUUCUAAAUUGCAUUGCUUUUAUAAACCAGGAAGUAUUUGCUCAUGGAUCAUGAUUUUUGUUUUUAAGGCAAGUUAAGAAAUCCAACUGCAAGAGAUUAAAACUCAGCUCCUUAUUACAGAGACUCUUCUAGGUUUUACAAUUUUAUUCUUCAUCACAUUGCCAAUAGUAUGAAAACUCCACUGUAAGUAACACUUUUAAGAAUGCUAGAUUGGAAGUACAUACAGAGCCAGAGUUCAUUUGCAAGUAUUUAUACAAGUGUAAAAAGAGACUACAACUUAUACAUACUUUACUUGAUUGAAACCUUUCUUAUUGUACAUAAAAUGUUUUAUGUAGUUGAUGUCAGUUUUGUUCACACUGAUUUCAGUAAAUUGUAUUUUGUUUUUUUCUGCUCAAGUGCUGCUGUUGCUGUUAGUUUGUUUUCUUUCAGGAUCAAGGUGGGUGCUUUCAUAUAAAAUCUUAUUUUUAAUUCCUUCUCUGGCAAUUCUUUCUUUGAUUCUUAACUUUGCAUAAUUAUACCUACAAUGGAACCUUUAAGAAAAGAGUGAAUAAAUUAUUCAUAGAAAAUUCCUAUAGAAAUUAACUUAUAAAAUUCAUUUACUGCUUUUUAUAAUCAGAUUUAAAAAAGGUUUACAGAUGACUGCUGAGAUUGGAAAUAUAAACAUUCUGAUUUAAAGUGCUAUUCUUCAGUGGUUUGUCAAAAUACCUAUAACUAUGUGUUCUUUAUUUUUUUUAACAUAAAGUGAGAAUUUUAAGUGUACACCUACAGAACCAACAAGGAAUAUUUCACUCCAGAACAUUACCUUCUGAUCCUCUCCUUAGUCAGUGUCCUCCAUUCCAUUAUAUUCUAUUUUCUUUUAUGUUAUUUUGGUUUUACCUGUUGUAAAACUUCAUUUAAAUGGAAUUGGGUAGAAUGUACUCUUCCUGGGCUUACUUUGCUCAAGAAAAUUUAGAUUCAUCUAUAUUGUAUCAGUUUUUAACACAUUUUUAAAGUAGCAUUUUCAGAUGUGCAUGAGAUUACAAAGAUGAAAUAAGCAUUAGGAUAAGGUAAGGUUACAGCCUUCCCAAAUGAACAGUGUAGAAAACAUAACUUGGUAUUAAUUGAAUGGCUAAUAAUCAUGCCUUGAUUUAUUUAAGCACUGAACAAAUGCUUUAAGUGCUAUAGAUAACAAAAGAUAGAGGCAUUCCCGCAAGAUUGCUUUAUAAAGCAAUUACUGUUAGAAAGGCUUUUUUAAAAAAAUGAUUACAAGAUUAUUCACUCAAUCUCCCAGUGGAAGGUUGCUUUGAAAAGAACAGGUGCUUUUGAAUUAGAUAAAACCACUUAGUAUACAUACCAGCAUCCUAAAGUCACCAAAAUAAAUCCUCCUAUUCCAACAUCACAGGAUCUUCUAAUUCUACCUGUUAAAUAAGUAUAAGCAUGAUAAUUAAAUAAUAUAUAAUUACUCCAUCUAUAAAAAUUGUUCACUGCACAUAAAUAUUAAAAAAAAAUACUCACUAGUGAACAAAAAAUGUCCAAGGCCAGCCACAACAGAUCCUAAUGAACCAUAUAAUAUCGAAUCCCGUGCACAGGGAAUGUUUUCGACAUCUAAAAUCCCCAGAAGUUUAAAGGGCUAGGAUAAAAUAAAAGAACCUGGAUUGAACCAGAAAAUAAUUUAUUCUGGGGUAGUUUGACAAAGAUUAUAACACUUACCCUGUUUCCCUUGUUUCACACCUGUGAAUGUUUAUAUUUUAUUCUGUUAUCCUGUUUUAGUGUAACACAAUCUGUGAACCUUUAAGUUGGAAUUUUGACCUGAAAACCCUGUGUGGUAGGAUUUAUACUUGUUAUACAAUUAGCUAAUCAUGGAUUUGGAAUCAUUCCAAUAAUUGGGGAAGCUUUCAAUAGUGGGAACACUGAAAUAAUGAACCAGUUUGUUUACAACAUUCAAGUGUGUUCAGCCAUCUUAGUCUAGUAUAGCUGUAUGCAGUUUCCUUGCCUGUGAUGAGGAUGCACUUAAUUGUAUUUGAUUGGUAACCUCAACCUACAUGUGGUGAAAAAUACUGGGAAUACAGAACUGGAUUUUUGUCCUGUCUCUGCCACUAAUACUUUUGCAACCUGUAGGUCAUUUUUUAUUUUUAUUGGCCUCAAUCUGUAAAGUGAGAAGGGGGGGAGAGUUAGAUGAUUAUUUGAGCUAGAUGUUUAUAUUAAAAAUUUUUAAGUACUGACAAUGACUUGAUAUUUGUGAACAGAUUGUUUCCUCUUAGUCUUUUUCUAUAGUCUUAAUGAUUUAUUGACCUACUUUCCCUGAUUUAAAAAUAUAUAUUGCUACCUUAAACCUAACAUUUAAUUGGGACAUUUAUAUCAACCUGGCUCGGUACCUUGAAUUUCACUUUUAUUUCACUAUAGCAUUCCUAUAAGUAAAACAGUAACAUUGGAUUUAAAAUUAAGCCACUUGUUCAUUUUAAAGGUUUCACAGUUGUUUUUAAAUAGUGGGGAAGGAUAGUACUCUAAGGGAGAAGGAUUCUGUUAGAAUGAAAUGACACCCAGAAGAUAAUACAAUACUAGAAGGAAAGAAAUGGGGGAAAGGGGAAUAAAAAGCAAGUCAGAAUAAAGGUUGAAACAUGAAGAUACUCUCAAUUUCAUUUUCUUCUGUUUGCUUUUUGGCUAAAGAUUCUGCUGGAAAAGAAAAAAUGUGACUUGGUUCAUUAAUAAAGCAAUUAUUAUCUUGGA